AUGUUGGAGGAGGUUGUUGCUCCAGAAUGGGACGAAAAUCUUAUUCUGAUUGAAGAUAAUGAUGGACCACAUGGCACAAAGGGUGUUGCCAAUAACAAGGUUAAGCAAGCAAAAAUCAAGCUUAACAUCAAAUGGCAAGCUCAGCCUUCCAAUUCGCCAGAUCUCAAUCCCAUUAAGACCAUUUGGAGGAUAAUAAAGCAGCGUUUGAAGUCCAGGGGGGUCAUCUUCCAAACUGAGGCGCUGAAGGCUGCUAUCCAAGAGGAAUGGGAUAAAAUCACUAUUGAGGAGAUCAAUAAUGCCAUCUCUACCAUGCCAGAUAGAUUUGCUGCCAUCAAUGGUGUGGUGUCUGAUGACAGCGGCUCAAGCUCGGCCACCGAGACCACGACAACAAAGACCAGACCCCUGCGAGGUCGAGGCAACGGCAAGCUCGUUGCGAACAUGGACGAGAAGGCCGAGACGUUCAGCUGUGUGGCAGAAGAGAAGCUUUCGGCAGUGUUGCACGGCGAGAACACAGCCAAGUCCAAGUCCAAAGCUACUGAUGGACACCUCAGUGACUUGGCAAGGGAGCACAUAGCUGGUGGCUGGCGACCAGGCAUGGACCCCAAGGUCGACUACUCUGGACACUUCGAGUUUGGCGGCUCACUUGGUACCCUAGCUCUUAUGACCGGCUCCCUCUGCUGA